AUGACGGUCCAGACAGGUAGGAUUGGUUUUAGUCUUCACGCAGGAGCAUAUUCAAAUGUUAGCUAUUUUGAGAACGAGCGACAAGCUCUUCUCGAGUUUAAGAAAGGUCUAAUUGACAAAUCAAAUCGUUUGGCAUCCUGGACUGGAGAAGAUUGUUGCUCAUGGGAAGGAAUUGGAUGCAGCAGGAACACUGGACAUGUGGUGAAACUUGAUCUGCGUAAUAAUGCUGUUUUUGAUCUUGAACGAUUGAUCUUUGGUGACAAGCAGAAUUAUGUCUCUAUCUAUGGUGAAACUUGUUUGGGAGGCCAGAUAAGUCCUUCGUUAGUGAAUUUGCAGCAUUUGCAUUACUUGGAUUUAAGCUCAAAUUAUUUUGCAGGAAUUCGGAUUCCAACAUUUAUAGGAUCCUUGAAAAUUUUGAGAUAUCUCAACCUCUCUGCUGCAGGUUUCGAUGGGACAAUUCCUCCUCAAAUAGGAAAUCUCUCAGCCUUAGAAUAUCUGGAUCUUGGUAAUAAAUUUGAAGGUUUUAGUGAUUGGAUAAGUGGUUAUCAGUUGUCGACAAAGAGUCUCUGGUGGGCCACUAGUCUUUCUUCCUUGAAACAUUUGGACCUUUCUGAGCCUUCAGCAUUGGACUUCACUGAGCUACCUCGAUCUCCGCCUCAAUCAAUUCAAUACUUCACUGCUCGAUCCGCUUUUCACUUUGAACAAUCUUGUCUAUAUGGACAUCAGUGA